AUGCUGCUCGUGUACAACUCCGUGCGCAUCUGCGUCGCCGGCUCCGAGUCGUACGACUGGAUCAUGGACAUCGUGCAGUUCUUCGAGUCCUACGUGAGUCCGUUCGAGUCGUACGUGAAUCUUUUGACAUCUAUGGUGCUUGGAGAUUACAGCACCAGCGCAACCAAGGCCAUGCUCGCCUCGCUGGGACUGAGCACCACACUCCCUGGAUCGUUGGACUACGACUCUUAUAUUAAUCAAUACAUUAAUGACGCUAAUGCGGACCUGGGCAAGGUCCGUGGUGCAUGCGCCAUGGCGUAUUUCGCCGCCUUCACCUACAUUGCAAUGUUCUGGUACUACACCACCCGCAUGUACAAGCGCGGUGUGCUCAAGGCCGUUGCAGAUGCAGCGCCGGCAGCAGUCAAGGACAACGUUCCUCCUUACAAUGUGUGA